GGUUUCUGAGAGGAACCGCCUUGAGGAAGCAGAAGGGUGUCCAGAGGAGGAACUUAUGGGGACACAAAAGGGAACUCUAGCUGCCAUCAGAGGCCUUAGUCUGCAGUGACCUAAAGAGGAAGGAGGGACGUGCUUUGAUCAAGUGUCCGGCUUGGCGUACGGUAUUCCAUGGAGAGCUGGCUUCUGCGAUGUUGGGCCCAAGUGCGAUGCCUGCACCCACCCAGCUGGCUCGCAGCCUGGUGCUUCCUCUGUUUGCUGCUGGUGCCCCAGACCCUGCAGCUAAGAGGAUUGGUAUCAUUGACCCAUACCAGCCCUCCUAUCAUGGUGUCCCUGGCAAACACCGAUGUGUCCUUCAGCUGCAGAAUCGAGGACUUCACAGGACUUCAAAGAGAUUUGCCUGUUAACUUGUUUCAUACGGAUAUCCAUGGCCGGAGACGCUGGGAGAGGCAGAUUAACUGCCAACACAGACCUGGCAUGGAGAACCAUACCAAGGAUUGCAUGGUUAAACUCAGCCGGCCAAACACAUCAGCCACAGGCAUUUACUACUUCAUAGUCGAGGUAGAGGAAACAUAUCAGAGCGAUGGCGUUGUCAUUCUGGUCAGAGACACAGUGUACCAUCCACCUGCAUUCAAGGUCCAGGAGGCUCUGAUGCUUGGCUUUACCAGCCUGAUGAGUAUCCUGAGUGUGCUGGGCACAGCACUACUGCUUUGGAAGAAGAAACAGAUAUCAGUUCUGGGCAAGCACACUGCUAAGACUUGUCCUGGUCUCAAAUCCACCGUCGGAACCACAAAGCCUCCAGCAGAAUCCGUCUACACGUCCCUACAGCGUCGAGAGACGGAGGUCUACGCCUGUAUGAAGGAAGAGACUGGAAGCCCUGUCUUUAGCCAAAGCCCAGCCACCAAGGAGAAGCUGAAUAGAUUUGAGGAUGACAACGAAUUUAACCUUGUCUAUGAAAAUCUCUAGAAGUUCUACAGGCUCCGAGACUUGUCUUGAAUUAGGACCCAAGAGCCACAGCUCUUGUCUAAGGACCUGCUUUGGGUCAGGAGUAGGGCCUUCAGGACAGGCCAUCAUCACCUUACCUGCACAGCAGGGCUUUCCCCAUCUUGGCCUUGGUCUGCUCUCACAUUCUGCAUCUCAGCCUGAACUGUUAAUGUCUCUGGGAUUUUGCCCAGGCUGUUCCUUCCAUCAGGAAAGCCAUUCCUCCUCUGGCCAUUUCUCCAUGGACAAAGUGGCCCUCAGUCCUACGGGGCUCUUGUGGAUUGCAUCUCUUUCCUCUUCACCCCUUACUGCCACCCCUGCAGAGCUGUGUAUGUGGCUGUCGUGGCAUCGGCCUCCCAAUUUGGUCCCCAGGCAGACGGUCCUGUGAGGACAUAGCAGGACCCCUGUGAGGGCUCUGCCUGGCCACUGAGUCACUCCUGCUCCUCGGCUAGCCCAGAGGCUUGUACAAGGUGGGCACAUGCUGAGUGGACUGGCUAAGGAGAGAUGAAGAACGGGCAUCAAAGAACUGCACCAAAGCUGGCUGGCCCAGGGCCAGAUAUGGAGGCUGUGGAUGUGACAAGUGGAGAUGAGCCAGGACCAGGAGCAGGGAGGUUCCAUACGUGCUGGUGAGAUAGGAGAAUCUCGGAGCACCCCUCCCCCAACGAGAACCCUGAACUAGUUUCCCAUCAGCCUGUGUGGGCACACACCUCACCAUGCCUCACCCUAAGCUCUACAGGUGUCUGUUCCUUAUUCUACUCUUAGACCCAGUUCUCCCAGUUCCUCUUUGUGGCCUACUCUGACCCCACCACCUGCAGUUUCAUGCCCUUUUCCUCUGUCUUUAUUAAUUUGCUUUUGGCCCAUCUCGCCUCCCCUGAAGACAGAGCAACCUAGCUGUCUUUCCUCAGUGGUUCAGCUGUGUGGCUUGCUGCUGGGCCACCCCUGGGUAAAUGGGCGAGUCUCUGUGCUGGAGAAACUCGAGCCAGGGUGGACCAAAGCUUCCCAAUGCCGCUCAGCCUUUCUGGCCCUCCAGGAACCCAUUCAGGGGACCCCUCAUUCACUCUCCAGACACCCCUAUAAGGAAGCUGUCUCCUUGGAAGACAGGGACUGAAGGGCUCCUCUCCUACCCUACUCCCCUCCUCUUAGCCUGCCUUUCCUUCAGCUUUCCCAGAGCUUCCAAUUUAGCUGUGGAAGAUAGGCUGAUCUACCUCCCCUAUCCCAGGCUGCUUCCAAAGUUCCUGAGAUGCUCUCAUUCCAAAAUCCGCAUGCACGGAGGUGUCCACGAGCAGACACACCUAGCCUGGCCCGAGCAGUGUUGAGCAGCAGAGGGGUGCAGAGGAAGGCACAGAUGCUUCAGGACAUGAUGGUCAGAAGCUCCCGUGUCCUUGGACAGUGGCGCCAGGCUUUUCUGGGCCCAGUGGAUGGCUUGUCACCUACGUGCCUAGUUCCAGGCUCUCCUCUAGAAAAUCCAACAAUCAGAGCUCCUCAGAGGCUGCCAGGAUGAAUGAAGGCCGUGCUCCUGGAGGCUGGCUUGAUGAAUUCCUGGGCUGUGAGGACAGGGAACUGCUUGGCACAGAGCUGCCUCCAGGCUCCCGGCUCCAGAGGUCUGAGAUGAAGCUUAGCGCUUAGUGCGCACUGGGGUGAAAACCUUAACCAGCAAGAACUUGCCCGUUUCCUCUCCUACCUCCUGAGCUUAAUAUCCAGUCUCUGGAUGACCUGGCUGGGACUCAGGUUUCUUUUAACCCUUUCCAGGGGAGUGAGGGAAGCCAGAUGGGACUUCAUAUUGUGCCCUGGCUCAGGACGAAGCACCCAGGUCUCCCAGCAGCCACCCCGUUUGUUCCCACUGCCUCUUCCCUACAAAGCAGAUGGAGGAACCUGAUAAAACAUGCGUUGUCUUGUCCCUUUCCCAUGAAAAAACCUUCCGUGGUUUCUAAUUUACUUGGAAUAAAAUCUCAGCUUCCUGAAGACCCAGGAAGACUGACCCAUUGCCUGUCCUGGAGACACAGA